AUCCAAUGGACAAGAAAAACCGGUUCUUAUGAUAGCCAGCUACAUUUCACCAGAAGAUGAGACUCCAUCGCAAGCGCGCGUCGCGACGUUUCAGGCUUUCAUCGCUUUUCUCAUCAAGGCAAGCAGAACGUAGCGAAACCACAGAAUCCGGCAUAAAAACAAGGCAGAAGAAGAACAAGUCCAAGAUGCGUCUAUGGAUAGCCAGUUUGCUUCUUGCGUACUCAUGGUUUGUGGCCAAAAGUACAGGAUCAGGAAUCACCUAUGAAAGCUCUGCAGAUAGCUUACGUCACCUGUUGGACAAUCACUUCUCGUCUGACCGUCAUCACGUGACCAACCCCGAGGGUAAGGAGGAUGCCGUCAUCUUCAUCACGGAGCAGUUUAAGAAGUACGACCUACAAGUCUUCUCACAGAUGUUCGACACGGACACCAAGGGGGUCAAGGGACGAAACAUCAUCGGGACCUGGCCCGGCCUGAAGACGGGGACGGCAGAUGACCGGCCCGUCAUGGUGGCCGCUCACUACGACACGGCCCGGGGCUCCCCGGGAGUGAGCGCGGACGGCUCGGGGAUGGCGGCUCUACUGGAGGCCGUACGGAUCAUCACCGCCCGCUCCUGCAUGCAGGAAAACUCCGUCAUCUUCGCAGCCUUCGACUUCGAGGUGCACGAACAGGCCAGUCUGGAACACGCUGCCUGCCAUGGCGUCGGCUGUGGAAGUGCCAACUACCUGAAGGAACUCCUCAUUCCUUACAUCAAAAGUCUUGGGAUCUCCUCUAGCGACUUCCAGGGAGCCUUCGUGCUAGACUCGGUCAUGAACUUCAACAGUACAGAGGACAGUCAACGGAUCCCUGACGAAGAACGCUUCAAGGAGGCCCCCGGAUUUCAAGAAGCGUACACUCGGAUAAAGGCUGACGGAAAUAAGGGUGAUUUCAUCGCUCUGGUCGGGCGGAACUUUGACUCUUCCCUGUACCAGACCUUCAUCUCAGCAUGGGAGUCACUUCCUGACAUCAGGUUUAAAAACCAGCUGCUGCACAUGCCAGACAAAGACCUCCCCGCACAAACAGACCCAUACUGGGACGUGUACACCAUGAUGACCAGGGGAGACCACUACAGCUUCUGGACCACCGACUCUGACCUCAAGGCUAUCCACAUAACUGACACCGUCCAGGAGCGCGGAUACAUGCAUGAAUGUUACAACAAGCCCUGUGACAACACGGACCACCUGACUGCAGACAACAUGGCGUUUCUGAAGAAGGUUACAGAUGCCACCAUCACGGCAGUCAUGCAGAUGGCAACGUAUCCUGACAAGUGUCUUGAUCCUGACACGGAAUCCCCUGAUCUGUUGAAGAGUGGUAUAGUUCUUGACGGGAAGUCAUGGCGAAUGACUGCCGCGGGAGAAGAGGAAACAUUUUCCUUCGCCGUCAUCAUCAACAAGGUCAAACCUAACGGUGCAGUGGAGGCUGUGAUGGAGAACUCGGAGAUCCAAGUACCGCUAGAUGUUGUUGGAAGGUACAACGCUGAAAACAAGAGACUUGUCCUCCGUCUGGCCGAGCCUAGUCACACGACCAAGGCCACAGCGAUGGUUGACCCGGCCUUACUACAGAGGUGGACCGUGAACGGGGAGGUUGUAGGUUUCCCCGGAGGUUUGGUGUACUAUGGUUCCGUAAAUGGGAUGCAGGUUAAGGAGGAGUUCAACAUCGCCUACUCAGAGGACCCGACAGUAGGACUCCGACAGUCGAACACAGCUCUGGCCGUCAUCUUCGUCAUCACACUGGUAGUGCUGAUCGCUAUAGGGGUCUACCUGUGCUACGUAAAGCGCAACUACAGACCCUUCACCCAGAUGACGGAGAAGACCUCGAUCAACGUCGUGACAUAGACGACACCUCCGAAAAUCAUUAGUUAUAGAAACAUUAUCUUUAAUGGUUAAAUACAGAGAAAAGUGGGGGCUGAGGCUUAUAAUGGUUCACUAGCAGAUAUUUGAUAAAAAGAAAUCGUCAACAAUGCAAAAACUGAAAUUUUGACACACCUAAUCCAUUUUUGUUUGUUCCCGUUACGAAACAAUCAUGAAUGUAACCAUAAUAAAAUUGUAAUGUUGCAACUUAUCCCUAGUCAAUGUUUCUCAUGAGCAUAGUAUCGUAUGCGCUUUAGAAUGUGUUUAAGAAUGUAAUUGUAUGACCAACGGAAUAUAUCUAAUACAUCGAGAUCCAUUAACCAAUGCGUAUUGUUUACUCUUAAAGGUAAUAACACAUUGCAGAAUUGUGUACAGAUGUGGAUGUCACUCAAAUGCACAAUACAUUAAAAUAGUGUCAUGAAAUUGAA